ACAGUGUCUUUUGAACCGCCAGAGUUUGAGAUUGUUGGUUUUACCAACCACAUUAAUGUGAUCGUGAAAUUUCCAUCUAUUGUUGAGGAAGAAUUACAGUUUGAUUUAUCACUGGUCAUUGAAGAGCAGUCAGAGGGGAUUGUUAAGAAGCAUAAACCCGCAAUAAAAGGAAACAUGAGUGGAAAUUUCACCUAUAUCAUUGACAAGUUAAUUCCAAACACAAACUACUGUGUAUCUGUUUAUUUCGAGCAUAACGAUGAGCAGGCAGUCAUAAAGUCUCCCUUAAAAUGCACCCUCCUUCAACCUGGCCAGGAAUCAGAAUCAGCAGAAUCUGCCAAAGUAGGAGGAAUAAUUACUGUGUUUUUGAUAGCGUUGGUCUUGAUAAGCACCAUAGUGACACUGAAAUGGAUUGGUUAUAUAUGCUUAAGAAACAGCCUCCCCAAAGUCUUGAAUUUUCAUAACUUUUUAGCCUGCCCAUUUCCUAACCUGCCACCGUUGGAAGCCAUGGAUAUAGUGGAGGUCAUUUACAUCAACAGAAAGAAGAAAGUGUGGGAUUAUAAUUAUGAUGAUGAAAGUGACAGCGAUACUGAGGCAGCACUCAGGACAAGUGGCGGUGGCUAUACCAUGCAUGGACUGACUGUCAGGCCCCUGGGUCAGGCCUCCGCCACCUCUACAGAAUCCCAGUUUACAGACCCAGACUCCGAGGAGGAGCCUGACCUGCCUGAGGUUGAUGUGGAGCUCCCCACGACGCCAAAGUGCAGCCCUCAGCAGUUGGAGCUCUUGAGUGCGCCCUGUGAGAGGAGAGAGAGUCCGCUCCAGGACCCCUUUCCCGAAGAGGACUACAGCUCCACUGAGGGGUCGGGGGGCAGAAUUACCUUCAAUGUGGAUUUAAACUCUGUAUUUUUGAGGGUUCUUGAUGACGAGGACAGUGACAACUUAGAAGAAGCCCCUCUGAUGAUGUCAUCUCAUCCAGAAGAGAUGGUUGACCCAGAAGAUCCUGACAAUGUGCAGUCAAGCCAUUUGCUGGCCAGUGGGGAAGGGACACAGCUAACCUUUCCCAGCCCCUCUUCAGAGGGCCUGCAAUCUGAAGAUGCUCCAUCUGAUCAAAGUGAGACUUCUGAGUCAGAUGUUGACCUUGGGGAUGGUUAUAUAAUGAGAUGACUCCAAAACUAUUGAAUGAACUUGGACAGACAAGCACCUAUAGGGUUCUGUCUCCCUGCACCCUAACUUGCUGCCUUAUCAUCUGCAAGUGUUCUCCAAGGGAAGAGGUAGGGAACUGUAGGGUACUCCAUUCUUCCAGGUGGCAUCACCUAUGCAGAUUCCCAGUAUGGGAACCAUAGUAUCAUUGAGUGCAUUGUUUACAUAUUCAAAGUGAUGGACUUUGAAGGAAGCACGUGUGCACCUUCCCUUUACACUAAUGCACUUAAGAUGUUUCUGCAUCAUGUUUACCAGGGAGCAGGGUUCUCUGUGGUUUCAGAGGUGGUCCAGGACCCUAUGAUAUUUCUUUUCUUUUCUCUUUUUUUUUUUUUUUUUUGAGACAGAGUCUCAUUCUGUCACCCAAGCUGGAGCGCAAUGGCGUGAUCUCGGCUCACUGCAACAUCUGCCUCCCGGGUUCAAGUGAUUCUCCUGCCUCAGCCUCCCUCGCGAGUAGCUGGAACUACAGGCGCCCACCACCACACCUGGCAAAUUAUUGUAUUUUUAGUAGAGACGGGAUUUCACCAUGUUGGCCAGGCUGAUCUCUAACUCCUGACCUCAAGUGAUCCACCCUCCUCAGCCUCGAAAAGUGCUGGGAUUACAGGGGUGAGCCGCUGCGCCCAGCUGGCCCUGUGAUAUUUCUGGGAAGUAAAUUGGGCCAGGGUGGGAGCAGUGAAAGAAAAGGAAAAUAGUAGCAAGAGCUGCAAAGCAGGCAGGAAAGGAGGAGGAGAGCCAGGGGAGCCCCUGGAGAGAAGGGGGGCCCUGCACAAGGAAACAGGGAAGAGCCAUCGAAGUUUCAGUCAGUGAGCCGUGGGCAUCUCACCUGUGUCACAUCCUGUCUCCUGCACUUGGAAUUCCACCUUGUCCAGCCCUCCCCAGUUAAAGUGGGGAAAACAGACUCUAGGAUCAGGCACAUGACUAAUACAGAAAGGAAACAUGGCGUUGGGGAGAGGGAUAAAAACCUGAGUGCCAUAUUUUAAG